GGAGCAGCCGCGCCCGCGCCGCCGCCGCCGCCAUCCCGCGCGCCCGCCCGCCGCGCUCCCUCCCCGCCUCCCCCCCCCUCCCUCCCGCCCUCCCUCCUCCCGCUCCGCCCGGAGCGCCCUUCGCCCAUCGCCGUUACCGGCGCCGACACAGCCGAGGCCCGAGCGCUGCCGCAGCCUGAGCCGAGCCCACGCUGCCCACCAUGGACACCGGAGUCAUCGAAGGGGGUCUCAAUGUCACGCUCACCAUCCGGCUACUCAUGCACGGAAAGGAGGUGGGAAGCAUCAUUGGGAAGAAAGGGGAGUCUGUGAAGAAGAUGCGUGAGGAGAGCGGAGCUCGCAUCAACAUCUCGGAAGGGAACUGCCCCGAGCGGAUCAUCACCCUCGCGGGACCCACCAACGCCAUCUUCAAAGCUUUUGCGAUGAUCAUUGACAAACUGGAAGAGGACAUCAGCAGCUCCAUGACCAACAGCACGGCUGCCAGCCGGCCCCCGGUCACCCUCCGGCUCGUGGUGCCCGCCAGCCAGUGCGGGUCCCUCAUUGGCAAGGGAGGCUGCAAGAUCAAGGAGAUCCGAGAGAGCACGGGGGCACAGGUCCAGGUGGCAGGGGACAUGCUGCCCAACUCGACUGAGCGAGCCAUCACCAUCGCUGGGAUCCCACAGUCCAUCAUCGAGUGCGUCAAACAGAUCUGCGUCGUCAUGCUUGAGUCUCCCCCGAAGGGUGUCACCAUCCCGUACCGACCCAAGCCAUCCAGCUCUCCCGUCAUCUUUGCAGGCGGCCAGGACAGGUACAGCAGCGGCAGUGCGAGCUACCCCCACACCGCCCCAUCCAUGUGCCUCAACUCUGACUUGGAGGGACCACCUCAGGAGGCCACCCGGCAGCCACUGCAUGGCAACGAACUUGGGCCAAUUCCAGCCUGGGCUGCAGUUCUUCCGGUGACCUGGAAGUGAGGCUGUGUACCCCCCUCUCCCCCUCCUCUCCCACCCGCCCCCACCUGCCCGGCCCCCCCAGACCUCCCCAAACCUUAGCCAGCCAGGCCCCAGCCAGUGCCUCGCCCUUUCUGGGUAGCUUCAGGAGGAAUCUGAAGUGUGUGGCUGUCCCUUGUAACCUGGGGGACACGGAGUUGUGGCAGGUCAGGCCCUCGCCUCGUUCCCCUCCGAGCACUGGGCCGUGUGAGCAGUGGUAGCCAGCGCCAGCACUGACCUGUAGCUUGCCCGGCGACGUUGUCCUAGGCGUGUGGAGUGACGAGAGGACUCGGAACGGGGCAAACUUUUUUUUGGGGGUGGGAGGGGAGGCGGGGGAGCUGCCGGGCCGGGGCAGAGAGGGGCCAGGAGCAGCAGCAGGGCCGGCGGGGGCGUUGGAUCCUCCCUGCCUGCGCGGGGGCGCAGGGAUAGCAGCAUUGUCGGACUCACCACACCAUAACAUCUUCAUCAAGAUCCCA